GCUCCCAGAAGCAUCCAAAGCAUCCACUCAAGGAUGGAGCGACUGCUGACCAUGUUCGAGGAGGCGGAUCCCUUCGCCACGUGGUGGCCCACGAUAGCGGCCCUCACGGUGGGCAUUGUGAUUACGGUGCGGACCUUAAUGAGCGGCCAGCGCUGUCCGAACGAUAAUCAAAUCAAGGAGCAAAUCGUGGUGGUCACCGGCGGCAACAGCGGCAUUGGCUUCGAAAUAGCCCAGGCUCUGGCCGGCCGAGGUGGCCGGAUAAUCCUCGCCUGCCGCAAUCUGGAGGCUGGGGAGCGGGCGGCGGGCAUAAUCAAACGUGAGCUGGGCUGCCGCACCCCCCUGAACUCCCCAGACGACGAGGACAAUCCGGCGGACAGGUACUUCGUGGAGGCCCGCUACUUGGACCUCUGUUCGCUGCGCAGUGUCCAUCACUUUGCCGGCCAGCUGAUGGCGGAAUUCGAGCGGAUCGACGUGCUGGUCCACAAUGCCGGAGUGGUGUUCGCCAACACCCAGGUGCCCACGGAGGAUGGCUUCGAACGGCACAGCCAGGUGAACUACCUGGCCCCCUUCCUGCUGACCCACCUGCUCCUGCCACACCUGCAACGCUCGGAGCAGGGGCGCAUCCUCUUCGUUUCCGCCCACGCCCAUCAGGGCGCCAAAAUCGAUUUCGACGAUCCCCUAAAUGUGGGCACCUGGUCGGUGAAGUUCCACGCCCGCGAAGCCUUCGCCCACUCCAAGCUCUGCGUGCUCCUCGCCACCCGUUGGAUGGCCAGGGAACUGAAAGGUACCUCGGUCACGGUCAACUGCUGCACACCAGGACUCGUCCGUGGAACUCGCCAUUUUCGCAACUCGCCGCUGAUGUCGUCCCUCUGCGUGAAGGCGGUCACCUACCCGUGGAUGUGGCUGUUCAUGAAGAACGCCUACGAGGGCGCCCAGUGCGCCAUCCGCCUGGCCACCGAUCCCCAGCUGAAGGAAGUCACCGGCGAGUACUUCAAUGAUUGCGAAAUUGCGGAAAGUUCGGUGACGGGCCAAGACAAGGAGUUGGCCAAGAAGCUGUAUAUGCAAACCAUAAAAACCCUCGAAAGCGUUACCAAACUAACCGUCGACAGGGAGGAGUACGGCUUGGAUUUGCAGCUGGAGCUGGAGUCUGAGCUGAGGCUGGAGGCCCCGGCGGAAGCGGAACCGGAACCGGAAACGAACCAGGCAGCGGAUGAAAGGAAGUGGCAGGGGGAUGGAGAGACGGAGCAACGGUAGUCAUUGGAGUGAUUUAUGCCUGGCACGCGGCCCGAGUUCCUUGGAGAAUGCCAACUGCAACGUCUAUUUGCAUUCGGUUUAACAAUUGCCGCAUUAGGCAGCCUCCCUUCGCCCCCUUUUUAUGUGGACCCCUGACUUUGUAUGGCCCCCUUGUUCCCCGGAAAUAAAUGCAACUUUAAUGUGCGAGCAGCCUGAAA